AUGUUUCACCAGCCGGCUGCUGCUGUGGGCAAAUGUCAGGUAAUCACUCUCCCUCUGUUUCAGGACGUGUUAGCGUUGGUGGCUAACGGCUCUGUUAGCUCCCGUCCUCCGGUCACGCUGCGGCUCGUCAUCCCGGCCAGUCAGUGCGGCUCUCUGAUCGGGAAGGGAGGCUCCAAGAUCAAAGAGAUCCGAGAGACCACAGGUGCUCAGGUGCAGGUGGCAGGGGAUCUCCUCCCUAACUCCACAGAGAGGGAGGUCACGAUAUCGGGGAACCAGGACGCCAUCAUCCAGUGUGUGAAGCUCAUCUGCACCGUCAUCCUGGAGUCUCCGCCUAAAGGAGCGACCGUCCCCUACAGACCGAGCCCCAACCCGGUGCUGAUGGCAGGAAACCAGGUGUUCGAGGCGUCAGACUUCAGCUCCCACCCUCUGUUCUCCGUCUCUCAGGGAGGGGUCGACAUGCAGCAAACGUACGCAGUCCAGAGUCACUACGGCAUCCCACACUCAGAGUUAGCAAAACUCCACCAGCUGUCCAUGCAGCAGCAGAGCCUCGCAGCCAUCAGCCAAUCAGCUGCUCAGAUACUACCGGGAGUGGAGAGCAACUCCCAGACUUCCUCUCAGGAGCUGCUCAUUCCAAACGACCUGAUUGGCUCAAUCAUCGGUCGUCAGGGCUCUAAGAUUAACGAGAUCCGGCAGGUGUCGGGCGCUCAGAUCAAAAUCGGCAGUCAGAUCGACGGCAGCAGCGAGCGUCACGUCACCAUCACCGGCACGGCCAUCGCCAUCAACCUGGCCCAGUACCUGAUCACUUCCUGUUUAGAGACCGCCAAAUCCACCGCCCAGUCCUCCUCCAUGCCGUCACCCGUUGACCUGACCAUGAGCUUCACCCAGCCUUCCUCCUCCUCCCCCUCCUCCUCCUCCUCGUUGCCCCACGCUCAAAUGCUGGGCGCCCCUUACGCCCUCCCCCUCUCCAGCCUCCUGGGAAUGAAAUCCUUCCCUUACCUGGCGCUCUCCAGCUCUCCAGGCCCCAUGAUGCCGGGCUCCAUGAUGCCGGGGUCCAUGCAGCAGACGGCGGGUCCACUUCAGGCGGCGCUGGCCUCCUACACGGCUAAAAUCCAGUCCUCGGCUAACGGGAUGAAGAAGCCGGAGAGACAGAAGUUUGCACCGUACUGAUGACGGACGGAGGGGGAUUAUGCAUCUCAUAGAGUCCUAUUGUGAUGUUGAGUACCCCAAAGUCUUAUAAGUUAGACUAGUUUAUUUGUUUUUACUUUUUGUCUGACUGUUGUUUUACUCCUGUGUUUCUGUAAAGCGACCCGGGGUCCCCUGAAAGGCGCUAUAUCAAUUCAAGAUGUUAUUAUUAUUUAUUAUUAUGAAACUUUAUUUAGCCCCUUGGGGAAUAUUCAGGCGGCGCUGGCUUCCUACACGGCGAAAAUCUCGUCCUCCGCCAACGGGAUGAAGAAACCGGAGACACAGAAGUUUGGCCGUACUGAUAUCGCAGCUCACAGAGUCCUACUGUGAAAAGCGGACAUUUUGAGUACCCCAGAGCUUUAUGUCAGAAAUGUAUAGUAGGGUCCCCAGAACAUAGAAACUGCAGGAUGCUAACUUGUUGGGCAAUUUGCACAUUUAGCAUAAGUUGCAUUAAUUAUAAUCGUUGGAUCAUGUGGAUCGGACAGAUAGCUGUCCGAUCCACAUGAUCCAGAAUCCCCUAAAACUUCUAUAUCAAAAUCAGACGACAGAGAGUACAAAUAUGGCCACCUUCUGGUUGAUUACAUCUAACCCUAAUAUACAUUUCUAUCAUAAAACAUUGGGGUACUCAACAUGUCCGGGUUCACUAUGAGCUGGCAGAGACAGACUAUUCUGGGGAGGUUUUUAAAGAUGGACGGGCACUCUCUUUCUUCCUCUGCCUAUAAACCUCGUACUUGUUUCUUCUCACACAUGACAAAGUGGGAUCAUUGGAUUGGUUUUCAGAUGUUGUGCGGCAAUAAAUAUUACAUUACGUUUCAUUUAGCUUACGCUUUUAAGCAAAGCUAUUUAAGACAAGUUCAAUCAA